AUGGGAAGCUACAUUGAGGAACCAGAGUUCAAGACCAUCACGGUCAAACCACUCCAUCCAACGUUUGGCGCCGAAGUGGAAGGGGUCAACUUUCACCACCUGUCCGAUGGACAAUUCAAUGAGAUCCUCGCGGCCAUGGCUAAACACGGCUUCUGCAUGUUUCGCAAUACCGGCCUCGAUGACGCCAACCACAUCCAAUUCUCUUACCGCAUAGGCGACCUCGAUACGAUGAAAACGGUACAUGACCGACGGCCGCAAACCACGGUACGGGCACUACGAGCUUUUCGCUGCGGGCAACAUCGACGACCAAGGCAGCGUGCUCGACCCAAACAGCCCGCGAGCACACUAUGGAAAGGUAUGUCUCCGCAUAUCGUUACUAACAAGCCGCUCACUAUUCCUCAGGGCAACGCUCUCUUCCACGUUGACUCAUCCUUCAAUCCACGGCGCGCCAGCUUCUCUCUUCUGCGAGCCGUGGAGAUCCCGCCCCCCGGCAACGGUGGCAACACCGAUUUCGCCGAUUCGCGAACAGCCUGGGACGAGCUGGAUCCAGCGCUGCAACAAGAACUCCUGGAGAACGAUUACGUGGUGCACCACUCCGUCGCACAGUCCCGCAAACUCGGUUCCCCGGAAUUCUUCAAGGACCUCGAUCCGACGAACCAGGGUAAGAUGGCGCGCCACCGACUAGUCCAGAUUCAUGAACCCAGCGGUCGGCGCAACAUCUACAUUGCUGCGCACUCGCACCACAUCGAGGGUGUGUCCAAGGAGAAGUCGGACCAGCUGAUGAAGACCCUGCUCGAGCAUGUCACGCAGAAGAAGAACACAGUCAGCGUCGAGUGGAAGAACCCAUCCGACAUGAUCAUUUGGGACAACCGGUGCACGUUGCAUAAGGCUAAUGGUGGUGCUUUCGAGGGCAAGUACAGACGGGAUCUGCGGAGGACGACGGUGCACGAUGUUAGCAGUACGGCGUGGGGUUUGAAUGAGGUGGAACCCGACACUGCGAAGUGGAUUGUCAAUCAUGCGGCGACGAAGUCGGCCGGGGUGACUAAAGUCCAGGGCUAG